CUUAUGACACAUCCAGUGACACCCCGCAAAUAUUAUUCUAGGCUUCACUGCCGUUUGCUUUGGAAGGCUUGGUGUUUGUCUUACUUAUUUAGUUUGGGGGCGGAACCUCGGUGGUAAGAGAACCUGAAGUUUAUCAUUGCCAUCUAUCCAAAUGUCUGACGAGGACGUUUCCGAGCGCCGCUCGUGGCGAAAGUCGAAGACUCUGGUUGUCUUCACGGCAACACUUGGACUUUUUACUGAGAAUUUUCUCUACGGCUUUAUUGUUCCUAUUCUCCCCUAUAUGAUCGAGAAACGGCUCUGCCUGGACCCAGCGUUCACUCAGCGAUUCACGACAGAGCUUCUCUUCAUCUUAGGCCUCAUAUCGAUCCCUGCAGCUCCCAUCAUUGGCCACUUUGCAGAUAAGACGACGAGCCGGAAAAUCCCACUCUUGAUCUCGCUCGUGGGAUGCACGGUUGGCACACUUCUGGUCGCGUUGACGCCAUCAGUAUGGGCCGUGUACGUAGGCCGAAUUCUCCAAGGCAUCUCGGGAACAGGCGCAUGGAUCGUAGGCUUUGCAAUGCUGACUGACGCGGCGGGCUCCAAGCAUCUAGGCAAGGCCCUGGGCUUUUCUGGAUCUUUUAUUACCGCAGGUGUUCUGUCAGGGCCCGUGAUCUCAGGUGCGUUCUUGCAGUGGUUCGGUUACUGGGCAGCGUGGUCUGUACCUUUGGCACUCAUUGCGAUUUGCUUCGUUGCUCGGCUGGCGAUUGUGGAAGAGAGACGACCAGACCAGUUGAAGACGUCGACUAUAUCAGCCGAAGCUCAAGCUCAUAACGAGACAUCACCACUUCUUUCGCCAGAGGGCAGUGAUCAAGACGAAGCAGCGGCGAGCUCCCAAGAGGAGGCAAAGGUCCCACCUACUCGCGGCUUCUACGCUAUCAUGUUCAGCAAAGGGGCCACAUACGCCGCUCUACUCAACGUGACAGCCUUCUCAAUGAUCAUCUCAGGCUUCGACACUACUUUACCAUUACAUCUUAGGCAGGAAUUUGGCUGGCGUCCCGCACCGAUAGGUUCGAUAUUCCUCGGCAUCCAGAUCCCCAGUAUGAUCCUCGCGCCAUUCGUGGGCUGGCUGCGUGACCGCAUCGGGCUCCGCUGGCCGACGACAUUAGGGUGGGCUUUGAGCACCCCGUUGUUCUGGUUCUUAGGCGUUCCUGGCAAAGACAAUUUCUUGGGAGUCGGGGAUGGGGCGAAGGGACAAGCUGCGUUUGUAGCGGCCACGAUUGGAGUGGGCAUUAUCUGGUCGUUUGUCAGAGGCGCGGGAACGUUUCAGCUGACCACAAUCAUGCAUGAGCUGAAAGCUCAGGACCCCAAUAUAUUCGGGCCAGGCGGCGGGAGUUCCCGCACGUUCUCAAUGACCGAGACGUCGUUCGCCAUCGGGCUUGUACUCGGUCCUCUCAUAACUGGUGCCUUGGCGGAUGCCUUCGGGUUCUACUACGCUACGAGUGCACUCGCGUGCGUCUCUGUCGUGGCAUCGAUAUCGUCAUGGAUGUUCUUCACACACAAGGCGCCAGUGCGCGAGCCCGAAGCAGAUGGUGGAUUGUAACUUGCGACGUUGGAACCAUUCAAUGCGGAGAUCUUCGCAAACGAGUCUGUUCUCAUGGCCAUUCCAUUUGGAGAAAUGCUUGCCUGGAAUACUGGUGCUUAGAACCAUGCAUCAACGCAACUACUUUCGGGGCAAUAUCCUCGUUUUUUUUUUCGCACAGUAUAACUAGUUCUCCCAACUAGGCGUGCAAAUCCUAUCGUCGCGCCUCAGGUCGGAAGCUCUGUGGGUUUCAUAGGCAACCGAAGGAUGGAUGGCACUGCAAGGCUUUGUAGCUCAUGAUAAGGAAGAUGGAAGUACAAAC